GUCAAUUUGCGUCGACUGCUCUUGAAAGUUGAAUCUCGAAUUGACGAUUUUUUCAAAAAGUAAAAAUUACACCUUUGUAAUAUUUUCUCGAUACACUUCCUAGUAACAGUGCUUUAAUACUGCCGAUGUUCCUUUUUUAGACUUAAUUAAAUCUUAUUGUUUCACAAACCUGUGAAGAAUGUUUUAUUUAUGGAUUCGCAUAAAAUAUUUUGCAUAAAAAUAUAAAAUCUGUGUGUAUAAUGGCCCCUGGCAAUAAGGAGCGGCACCCUGGACGAACGGGUACCAUACCGAAAACGAAAGUGAGGAACAAUUGCAAUGUACCACAAGAAGCCGUGACUCCAACAAGGCGAGAUAUGGCAUCUAACUUGGUGACGACUUCUCUGGAUUGGGUGCCAGUUUCAGAGUAUAAUACUAGAUCUAAUUGUAACCAGUCAAGAAAACAGACAAAUAACACAUCAGAUCAAGAACUCACUGAUUUAGAUAAUUCAGUUGCAUACGAGAGUGGUUUUGGGAGGUUUGUUCCUGUGAGGCCUCAACCUCGAGCUCUGCCACUGACUGUACAAAAUCGGGAGAACUUAUCAUCAGAUCAACAUGAUGAUGCCGCCUCUACGUCCUCACACACUUUGCAUCCUUAUGCACACCAAAUGCAGAAUGGCCUAAUUCCACAUUCUAAUCAUGCAGCAGCUGCUGUUAUGAUAGUUAAUCCCACAACACCUAAUGCUGUUGCAGGGAAUAUGACUCAACAAUUUAAUGGUCCUAAUCAAAAUAGAAACAAUUUGACGAGGAGUUUGAAUUCAACUCGUAAUACUUUUGAAGGAAAUAACUCUAACAACAAUAAUACUACAAUUGCAAAUUCAAGAUCUGGCACAAAAUCUGUAAAUUUAAUGAACAAUAUGUAUGACCAAGGACAGGGCAGUUUUAACAACAUAAAUGAGAAUAAUCAGGCUCACAGGGAGUCAGCUAGAGCUUUAGGAGAAGCGAUUGUCGCUGCGUGCCCUGAUGCAGCAGCUGUUGAACGUCGUCUUGGACAGAUAAGGGAAUAUAUAAGAGUCACGUCAUCCCUUGUUGAUACUAUGAGGAAUUCGGAGGAUGAGGCAUUUAUUAACCACACAAAAGAAGAAUACGAUGAACUGAUAAAAAUGGUAAUGCAGUUGAAAGAGAGUGAAACAAAACUCGAGUCUAUGUUAGUUCUAAUGCAAACCAACAAUGCUGAAUCUCAAAUUGAAAAUAUGCCACAACCAAUAUGCCAUGACCAAGGAAACAUUACUGGUGAAUCAGAAAGUAAUAAUGAUGUUACUUCUGAUAAAGCAACAACUCAGGAUAAAUCUUGCAAUAUUAAGACCAGUAAUGGUAAGAGUUCUACGAGCGUAAAUCUAAAAAAGGUAACAAACAUUGAAAAUGAACAUUUGAACAAAACUAUAACAAAUAGUAGAGCUAGUGAUGAAAAUCAAACGCACAAUGAAACAGUCCCAGAAGGUGAAGACAAUGUAGAUGGAAGUGAGGGUGAUAGAGUCGAAAUUAAAGAAAUAGAAUCAGUAACUUGUGCUGAACCAGAGAUAAAGAAAGAUGAUAAGGAACUUAAUGACAUGUUGCGAAAAAAUAUCAUGGCGUGUGUGGAAAAAAUUGCUAUAAUUGAAGAAAUGAGAAAUAAAACUAAAGAUUCUAGCUGCAACAAUGAUCAGCAAGACGUAGUUGUUAGGCCUGUGUCGGACCAAAGCAACGACUCCGCAUACAGUGACAAUGAACUCUGGCAAAAUGAGAUUAAAAACAAAAUGGAAUUGUCACAAGUUCGUCUCACUGCAUUAAAACAACAACAAAAACGACUGCUCAAGUACCAAGCAGAAGCUAAACAACAACUAGAAGAAUUAAACAAAGAGAGGGAAUCACAAGAAAUACAUCAUCCAUCUACUUCACAUGAACACUUUAAUGGAAUGCAGAAUAUGACUCUGAGCGGGAAUUACCACCAGCCGAACCGUUUGUAUGGUGCAAACCAGAUCGGUGUGGCGACAACACUGCCACAAUCCGGUGACACACUGCCGGGGCAACAGCUCGCCAACAACGAGCACGCUCGCUCCACUCACUCCGUGCACAGCCAGGACGAGCGGUUCUCUCUGCGGGACGGCAACAUAGCCAGCAGCGAGGAGGCGGCGGGCGGUGGCCGCGACAGCGAGGUGGAAGACGACGAGGGACUGGUGAACGAGCGCAGUCGCAUGCUGCAGAUGAAGCUGCGCGAGUUGCAGCUCAAGAAGCAGCAUAUGGAGACAUUGGUUUCAGAGUUCCAAAAACUUCAAAUGGCGACACGUCUAGGAAGCUCGCAUAACACUUACUCGAGCUCUGGAGAAGACAGUGGUGACGACGAAUCGUCACGCAAAUGUAAUAAAUCGGGCGUUAAUCUCAAGAACGAGGACCCGUUUAAAUUAAUGGAAAUAAAAGCCAUAAAGACAGCCUUACAAAAAACUAAAGAUCUCAUGCGGUCAGUAGAAACAUUCGAAGCGGACCAUCUAUCUGAAGUUCAUGAAGAAUCUUUCCACUUGCCUGGCCAUUCCAACUUACAUGACAAUAAAUCGGAAGGCGGCGGCAGUUUGGGGGGAUGGUCAAACGAGGGCAGCGUGUGUCGCGUACGGAAUACGCUGCCGCAGCGGCACAAGUUCACCAACGAGCAGCACUCGCAGCAGCAAGUGCAGAACCAGCAGCACAUACAGGCGCAGCAGCAAUUACAAGUGCAGCAGCAGUUACAAGCGCAGCAGCAGUUACAAGUGCAGCAGCAAUUACAGGCGCAACAGCAAUUGCAGGCGCAACAGCAGUUGCAGGCGCAGCAGCAGUUGCAGAAUCAGCAGCUGUUACAGGCGCAACAGCAUCAGCAACAUCAGCAGCGUCAACAACAUAUGCAAUCGCAGCACCAACAACACCAGCAACAGAGUCACGAGGCUAACAUCAACACUCUACAGCAGUUAGCGCAAGAGCUUCGCAUGGAAACUGAGAAGAUUAUGGGCGAAAGAGCGCGGAUAUCGGACUUAGUGACAAACAAGGCGGAGAGAAAACAGAAGAAAGUGAACGAAGAGGUGCGAGCGCGCGCGGCGGCGUGCCCCGGCCCGGCCGAGCGCCGCCAGAUGCAACUGCGCGCCUUGCUGGCUGACAAGCAACGCGAGCUGGAGGCGCUGCUGAACAAAGAGACAAUCGCCGCUCCGUCUGAAGUUCAGAACAUUAAAACGAGUUCGCGCGCCGCAUCCGUCGUCAAUCAAUCCUAUAACAGCGAACAAGAAGAACCUGUGUCUCGAUCUGAACACGUGCCAAUGGAUUCGCAGACUUCGAGAGACACUGAAAACUUUAGAGGAGGAGGCGAGAGCGUGCUGGGGACUCGAUCCAUCAACACGGUUCCCUCGCAUCUCGGCAGUGCUUACGGCAGCGACACUGAUAGUGCUUCCAGAAACAAGUCCAACCAAAGAAACCGUCCUAGAAGGCGCCCAACACAGGAUCGACAAUCCGAAGAAAAUAAUGCUACCGUCACAAACAACAACGUGAACGCUCGACACGAUUCGCGCCUCGACUCCUCCAACGUCAACCUAGCUCCGCCCGUUGCACCUAAUAAUGACGCUGCUGGAAAUAUGCCAUACUCACAUCUACCACCAACAUGUUGGAAUACUAACAAAUCUAAUCAGGACAUGCGAACGAACCAGUUCACGCAAAACAGUCACUCGCAGACCAUGGACCGUUUGUUGGGCACGCCGCAGAUGUCGUUUCCGCCCACUCUGCCCUACAACAUGAUGAUGCCCUUUGGGAUGGUGGGCGGCUGCGGCUGCGGCUGCGGGCUGUGGGGCGCGUGGUGCUGGCAACAGCUCGUGCUGCAACAGCGCGAACUGCACGCGCUGCGCGAACAGCUCAAUCAUCUGGAAGAGCGUUGGCGAGCUGAAACCGCUUCUCACACCCUGAACAACCAGGUGCCGCCCGGCAACCGAGCCAACAACUACUGGGACAACUUCAGGAGCUACUCGCGGCAGAACCUGCUGUCGGGCGCCAGCAAGAGCAACGCGGAGGGCCCGCCGGCCGCGCAGCCGCUGGCCGAGCGCUCGCACAACAGCCUGCACCACACCUCCACCUCGUCCUCGCCCUCGCUCACGCCCAAGCGCAACACGGCGCCCGAGCCGGCCGCGCGCCGCCCGCGCCGCAACCUGCCGCCGCCCGCCGCGCCCGACGUGCUCAACGUCAACCAGAACCCCGAGCCCGCCGCCGGCCCGCAGCGCAACCUCGACUGCGCCGACCCCAUCCCCGAGAUCGUGCGCGCGCACUCCAACAACCUGGACGCGCCCGCCGCCGCCGCCAAGCUGCCGGCCAAGAACGCGCCGGGCCGCAACCGCUCGCUCGACUUCUCCCCGACCAGCAACGUCGACAUCGCGAGCGCGGCCGACGCGCCCAACCCCAACCUGGCGACGGCCGCGCGCGAGGGGCACGACAAGGCGACGUCCAAGCUGUUCGACCUGCUGCGCGAGAACGUGUACUCCGAGGUGACCGCGCUCAUCGACGUCAACGAGUCGCACCCCGACUUCCUGAUCCAGCUGUUCCGCGAGCUGCAGCUGAUCAGCUCCGAGCCGCUGCGCCAGCGCGUGCUGCAGUCCGUGCGCGGCGUGCUCGCGCAGUUCGCGGACGAGGCGGUGUCCAGCUCGUGCGCCGACUGCGCCGCGCCGGUGCAGGUGGACGACAAGAUCGUGCGCUUCCUCUUGACGAGGAGCGAGCGAGUGUUCGACUCGGAACUGCUGGAGUCGUUGGCCUCGCUCAUCCUGGGCGGGCUCGCGGACGGUCGCCGCUCGCGGAGACUGCUCCAGUCGCUCGCCAAGUACGAGGGCACGAGAGUGUGCGACGUCUCGAGCGACAUCGUCGAGAACUUGCCGCAGUUGAGCUCCGGGAGUACGGAGGACGAGGAGUCCGCGCAUUUGACGAGCGAAAUAUCCGAGUCGUCGAUCCUGCAGGACGUGGCGGGCUCGCUGAACCUGUUCAGUUCGAGCGAGCCGCGCCUGCACCAGAUGAGCGCGUGCCCCUACGACGCGUGGCCCGGCCACGUGCACGUGGGCGUGGAGGGCGCGGACGACGGCAGCCCGCGCUCGAGCCGCGAGGGCAAGGUCGACCUCGUGGACUGCUCGGAGAUGCAGAACGGAGACCUGGCGGAGGCCGACCAGACGUGCCGCUCCGAGCACGAGGCCGCCGACGGCCUCGACGAGGCCGCGGGCAACGCCGAAGCUCUGCCCGACGUCGUCGACACUGAAGAAGUCACGCCGACAGAGGCUGAAGCAGAGUGGCUUGGGCUUGACCGUGUGCCAACAAGGCUGCACAUGGAAGAAUCAUCUGAAAAACAAAAAGGUGAAAUUUAAUAUUUAAUUAAAGUGGAGCAAACACCCAAACAUCAAACUUUUUUUGUUUGUUCUAUUGUUUGAGUGACCCUGAAAAAAAAAUAAUUAGAUCUUCUUUUACUGCAUCUGUAACAGAGAAACAGAACAAAUCGAAAUUAAUUUUCUUUUCCUUUUUUCCAGAUUAAGAAUAAGAAGAAGUGACAAAUCAUGACAUUCUCCAAUUCAUCAUUUAGUUCAUAUUUUAAAUACUAUAUUUGUGUAUUUUUAUUAUUAAUUAUUCUGUUUAUAUUUCAGUUAUGUAAUAUUUAUUUAGAAUAAAUAAAUAUAUAAACGACUA